AAUAUCAACUUCCACUAACUAACUCUGUUUCUCUCCUCUGUUUUCAUUCUGCUCCCAAACUAAAGCAGAGUGAGAAGAAGAGGAGCUUCCACUUCCACCAUUGCCAAUGGAUCCACCACCCAUCUCCGCCGCCACGGCAGCUCCAACCACCACCCAACAAAAUUACCCUGACAUGUUAGACUCCUCAUCACCACCACCAUCACUACCAUCACAAGGUUAUGAUGAGCCUCUCCCUGCUGUCCCUGGCUCCAAGCUCCGCCUCAUGUGCAGCUACGGCGGCCACAUCAUGCCACGCCCCCACGACAAAACCCUCUGCUACGUCGGCGGAGACACCCGGAUAGUGGUGGUGGACCGCCACUCCUCCUUAAGAGACCUCUGUUCACGCCUCUCCCGAACCAUCCUCCAUGGAAGACCCUUCACUCUGAAAUACCAGCUACCCAAUGAGGACCUUGACAACCUCAUCACUGUCACAGCCGAUGAAGACCUCGACAACAUGAUCGAGGAGUACGACCGUCUCGCCGCCGCAGCAGCAGCAUCUUCCGCCGUGAAGUCUCCACCUUCACGCCUCAGGAUUUUUCUGUUCUUCACGAAACCAGAGGCCACAGUUUCAAUGGGGUCUCUUCUGGAUGAGUCAAAGUCUGAGACAUGGUUCGUGGAUGCGCUUAACAACUCCGGGAUCCUCUCCCGGCGCGUGUCAGAUUCCGCCGCCGGGGAUUCCGUCGUGAACCUUGAUGGUGUUCCGGCUAGCGGUUCAAGCAAUAGCUUGGAAGCUCAGGGUGGUGCUACAACUGCAGAGUCUUUGACUCUGCUUGAUAGCAGCAACAACAACACCAACAAGAAUGUUAAGAAUGUUGCUGAUGUUGUUAAUGUUAUCUCAACGCCUGGUUCACCUAUGAUGGAGAAUAGUUCAUCUUCUUCUUCUUCUCAAUCUCCUUCAAUGGCUAAUUUGCCUCCGAUUCAGGUUCGCGUCGACGACAAUGGUGGGACUAGCAGGCUUCAGCAAGAGAAGAGGAUUGAAGAGCAGUUUGCUCAGAUGACCUUUGGUGCAAGUGGGGUGAAACCAGAUGAUGGGUUUGUUGUUUCUUCUGCUAUGGCUAUGCCUACAAUGACUCCAUCUAAUGUGACUAUUGUAUCAGCUGGGGUGGUUCCUACUAGUGAGUAUAUGAAUAGGGUUGUUUCUGAUGAUGAGAGAUCAGAUCAUGGAGCACCUGUUGGGUCCAGAAAGCCCCCUUUACCAUUGCAGCUUGUGCAACCUAAGACUAGUGCUGGUGGUUUGAGUUUGCCUUCUCCAGAUUCAGUUGCAAGUGAUAGUAGUAGUAUUGCAUCUACAAAUUCUUUCUCUAGGACAGUUUACUAUCAAGAACAAGUCCCAGCUGGACAUGUAGACAACAAAUCAUAUGCCAAGAGUGAAAUGUCUGAUCUUGUGUAUGGACUACAAAGGGAACAACAAAUUCAGGAUCCUAGUUACAUGUUACCCCCACAAUUGGAUCAAAAUCAGCAACUCCAGCAGCAACAACAACAGCAGCAGCAACAACAGCAGCAGCAGCAACAGGCAUUUGUACAUUCCAGCACCCACUACAUGCACCACCCUGCAGCCACAGGUCAAGUACCAGUUCCACCCUCCUACUACCAAGUUUAUGCCCAACCACCACAGCAACAGCAACAACAACUCCAUCAAAUUGGUCAAAACCAGUUCCCAGUUUAUGUAAUGCCUGUAGGACACACACCACAGUACAACAUGACAUUGCAAGGUAACCCAAAUGUUGUGGUACCCCAAAGUGCAUACAACAAGGAUGGAACUCCACCAGUUUACCCCACUACUAAGUCAACUUCCCCUGUAGCAACAAAUCAAACAUUUGUUCAAAUUCCUUCCAAUCAAUAUCAGCAACAACAGUAUGUGAAUGUGAAUUUGCCUCAAUACCAUCCUCAACAACAGCCAAUUAAUGUAGCUCCCUCUGGAGGUGCUAAUUAUGGUUAUGAAUAUGGUGGCCCUGUGCAAGACCAAGCAUACUACACAACACCACAACAACAACAACAAACUAGUGCUCCAUUGCUUUCUCAAUACCAAUCCAUGACCCCAGCAGCAGCUGCAGCAGCACUAUCAGAUGCUUCAAUACAAUUCCCUGGUGACAACAAUGUUCAGCAGCAAAAUAGAACUUCACAACCAGUAUAAAUCAAUCAGGAGAAACAUGAGGCAUAUUUGGGGAUUGAAAUCCUCUCUGUCUCCAUUUGGUGUCUCGUACCUUGUCCGACCAAUAGAGUUGUGUAAUGUCAUUUAGAAACCACUCAUAUAGGGUUAUAACUGUCAUAUUCGCAUUUUGUUAACUAACAUGUCACAAUUCUAUUUGCCGGACAUCGAAUCAGUCAUCAAACAUACACAGACGAUCUUAAGGAGGGUUAGUUGGAGUUUCACUUUCAUUCUUUUAUGAUGAACAUAUAUAUGGAGCCUACUUUUUCUACAGAAAAAUUAGGACCAAAUCAUAGUUUAUUUCUUGCUACCGAUAUGAAAUUGAAUGACAUGUAAGAUCAUAUCUUUGCAAACUUUUCUUUUCUGGUUAUCACAGUUACUUAAUUAAAUAAGGUAAGUUGUUGCCAUUA